GCUACUACGGCCCCCCGCAUCCCGUCCACACGGCUGGCCCUGCACCACUUCGACGUGAACUACAGCCUGCAGCUGAAGGACCUGUGGCCCUCCGUGCGCGCCGGCCUGCUCUGCGAGCAGAAGUACGGUGCCCUCCUCAACAACUUCUCUCCCGUCGACCAUGUUGCCCAAGAGCUGGAGCUGCUGAACGCCACCGAUUUUGUUUCCGAAGCCCCCAAAAAGGCGCAGCGAUCGCAGUGGGGUGCAGCUGCGGAGGAAGCGGGGAGAGGGGAAAGCAGGGCCCAGGAGGGAUCUGGCGAGGGCAGGGCAGGGAUGCAGGCAGAGACGACGACACAGGCGGAGAUGUCACCGCCGCUCCGAGCCUCCAUCAGCUCCAACAUCAAGUGUUACACGUUCCCCAGGGGUGACAUCACGCGCUUUCGCCCUGCACGGCCAGAUGCUCUGGGACUCCUUGACUAUUAUCUCAUGGAUGCAGCUUCUCUCCUGCCCGUCCUGGCACUUAAUGUGCAGCCAGAUGACUUGGUCCUCGACCUGUGUGCGGCUCCGGGUGGCAAGACUCUGGCUCUGCUGCAGACUGGGGUUUGUGGGCAUCUAGCAGCCAACGACAUCUCUAUUUCCCGGACAAAGAGGCUGUACCACAUUCUCCAUAGCUAUAUUCCCAAAGAAAUCAGGGAAACUGUGAGUGUCACGUCCUGCGAUGGAAGGGACUGGGAGGAGCUGGAAGGUGGCACUUUCCACAAGGUCCUGGUGGAUGUGCCCUGCACGACGGACAGGCACUCUGUCAUGGAGGAGGACAACAACAUCUUCCACAGGAGACGAACCAAGGAGCGUCAGAUGUUGCCCAUGCUGCAGCUGCAGCUGCUGAUGGCUGGGAUCCUCGCUACCAAGCCGGGAGGAGAGGUGGUGUAUUCUACGUGCUCCCUCUCCCCGUUGCAGAACGAGUACGUGAUUGAGAGAGCGGUAGAAAUUGCAGAAACUCAGUUUAACAUCAGUAUCCACAUUGAGGACUUGAGCCACUUUCGGAUGCUCUUCCAGGACACUUUUUCCUUCUUCUCGGAUUGCCGGCUGGGGGAGCUCGUUCUGCCGCACCUCACAGCCAACUUCGGACCUAUGUAUUUCUGCAAAUUACGUCGGAUGUAG